UAUCUAUCUUGCAGGUCAUUCCAACGCCACUCUCAGAGCACCUCAGUGGGUGGGAGGCACGGUGAGGCUUCCAAGAGGAUGUUCCUUUGGGCAGGAAGCAAAGGGACACCGGAAUCAGAGCACAAGAAAAGGACAAUAUACCAAAAAAUCUGGGAGUAUGACACACUGGACAAGAAAAAGACUGUGACUGCUCUGAAGGCAGGGGAGGACAGGGCUAUUCUCUUGGGCCUGACCAUGAUCCUCUUCUCUAUUAUGAUGUACUUCAUCACAGGUAUCACAGUGGUGCGUUCCUACUUAGACAGUGUGUGGACAGAGGAGUCCAGCUGCGCUGUGGUCAACUCCACCAUCACGGGUGAAAUGAACUGCACAUACAGCUAUAGCUCCGACUGCAAAAAAUCCCUCAAGUACCCAUGUCUACAGGUGUUUGUGACCCUCAACGCAUCCGGAAAGGUCAUGCGCCUCUUCUAUAACGAAGAGACAAGGUACAUGAACCUGGAGUGUUUUUUUGUACCAAACUGUCGGAAGGAUUACGCGGAUAUGCACGCAGUUAUUGCCAAUAUUUACGAGCGCUUGAAGCUUCUCCCACAAGUGCGCUGCUAUUAUGAUCGAGCAGAACAUCAGGACAGUGUUCUUCUGACUCAGCUCUACAGCCGUGGGAUGGUCUUCUGGUCACUUUUGUGGCCCACCAUCAUGUUCAUCGGGGGCACCAUCAUCAUCGCAUUGGUGAAACUUACACAAUACCUCUCACUGCUCUGUGAAGAAAUCAGCAGAAUUAAAAGGUGA